UCGGCGUCGAAUCUGUGCUCUCGGUGAUCGUGCACGUCGUGUCUUAUCUCGUUAUCUUGAGGAAAGCCGAUUCUUUCUAUUCCUCUUUCGCGACAAGUCACCACCGUUUUCAUUCAACUGACGGAGUGAAUAAUCAUCAAGUUAACGAAGGGAAGGUUAACGAAGAAGCGACAAAAUGGUACGGUCAAAAAGUGAUACGGCGUAGCAUCGGGGAAUACAUACCAGAAUUACUCGUACUUAUAGACAUACGUGGGAGGGAUUAAUCGCUAUGAUGUCAAUUGUACUGUGCGAUCUUCGGCGGAGCUCCGAUCCAGCGAUCCGAUCCAGCGACAUCGUGCCACGACACAGUGCUGGUGAAUGAAGGCACAAGGAACGCAUACGGAGGGCGACGACGCCCUUGAGGCUUGAACGGGGAAAAUAUGGUGCACGAGGGCACGGGUCUAUGGCACGCGGCGGGAUUCAACGUAUCGAAGUGGCUGAUGAUCAUAAUACAUGGAUACCGGGUCACCACCCUCGUCCUGUACAUCCUGCUCAACGUACUGGUGCGCACCGAGUAUCCUACAGCAGUGACGGCUGAAAUAGUUGAUGUUAACAUGAACUCGUUGGACGGCACGACGGGAAAGCCAUUAGAUGUCGAUCUGCCACCAACCCUGCCGAUGACCUUCGGUACGGAAAAUUCAACAUCGAUUUCAGCGCAAUCAGGAUCCACAGCUCUGAUGCCUUGCGUUGUCCACAAUCUAGGAGAGGGCACGGUGUCGUGGAUCAAGCGGAAGAAUUUAUUGUUACACGAAUUACUGACCGUAGGACUAACGACAUACGCCAACGAUGAACGGUUUCAGGCAAUUCAUUUCCACCACAGCGAAGAUUGGACGCUUCAAAUAAAAUACGUCCAACCAAGGGAUGCCGGAUUGUAUGAAUGCCAAGUGUCCACCCAUCCGCCCACGAGUAUAUUUUUGCUCCUUGACGUCGUUGAAGCAAGAGCGGAGAUAGUCGGUCCGGUGGAGAAAUUUGUGAGGCCUGGUAGCACGUUGCAACUCCAUUGCCUGGUAAAGAAGUCCACGGAAGUACCGUCAUAUCUUUUCUGGUAUCACAACUUCCGUAUGAUUAAUUACGACGUUGAUCAAGGCGUCAACGUUAGCACUGAUCUCGUUGGUCGGGAGAGCUGGUUGGAGGUACCAAAAGCGUCUGAUCGUCACUCGGGCAACUACACCUGCGAAGCUAGUAAUGCCCAGCCGGCGCGUGUCUUGGUGCACGUUUUCAAGGGUGACAAUCCGGCCGCCAUGCAGCAUAGCAUGGCGUCAUCGCCAUCAUUGAUGGCCUGCACCGCGUUAUUCAUCAUGUUCGUCACGCUCAAGCUAGCUCUGCAGACUAACUGGAGUUUAUGACGUGCAUAAGUGCAAGACUCGCGAAAACCCGGAGUGUGUUAGCGAAAUUGUGUAACAUUACCGCAUGAUAUCCAUAUUCAUGCGAAGAUGUGCUCUAGUUACAAUCGCCGAAGUUAGAACGGCAACAUGAUUAUGGUGGUUCCAAUUAAAGAUUCAUCGUUGUUAUCGGAAUGGUUACCAGAACAUUUCAAGCUGCAAGAUUGGCUGUGAUUGAUACUAUUUAUUUGACGAUCAACUUUCCGCUCUACGCUGCCGGACAAAGUAGUACUGAAAGAUCAGCUGUGAUUAUUUAUGUCAUCGCGAGGCAAAUAUCUAUUUAAUCCAUUAUAUAUAUAUGUACAUGUAAUCAUAGAGUUCAGGAAGGAACAUGCAACAAUGUAAUAUGCUAAUACAAAGCAGGAUAAUUAUAACCAUCAUUGUGAGAUUAGUAGUGAUGUAUCAUCGUAUGAUCGAUGAUCUGUGUACCGAAAAUUUUUAAUCAGGAAACAGUGUACCCAACAGAGACCAAUAUAAUAAAAGUAUAAUGGUAGCACAUCUUGUUUGCGCAUGUAUUUGAACGAUUAUUCUUCGGACGAAAGAAGUUGAAUGCUAGCCUGGAAUAAAGUGUCACCAUAACUUUCAUACGAGUCACAUAUUAUUAUAUCAUCCAUUCUUCUGUCGACCGAUCGCUUACAUUCCGUGUCAUAUGUGGGAACGAGAAAUAUAUAUUAGGUUGCAAAAGCGGAGAAUAUUAUGAGUGCAAGAUUAACUCACACUAAGAUUGUAUUCACAAUCGUCUAUAACUCGCAUGCUUGCAAUGGAAAUAGACGGAAGACAGAUUUGUCAAUCCGAGUAAUAUGAAGAGUUCGAUGUAUCAUUUUGAUGAAUCGGAACUUCUAUGAGCCCGUGAAUGUGGAUGUGAUAUGUGAAUGUGCGAGAUUUAUUUAUCCGUUCGUAUUUUGUGGAGUAACGUGAUACGUAUGUAAUUUAGUGUUUAAAUCGAUAAAAAAAUUAUACAUGUAACAGAUACUCCAUCAUGCGUCCGUUCUAUUUGUGACGCACAGGAAAGCAAGAUCGAUAGCCUGGAUCAAAGCUGUCCGUAAUGUAUCAAAUCGCAAUGCAUAAGCAGCAAUGAUUGCCACGACGAUGCA